AGGCAGGGUGCAGUUCCCCGCUCAUGACUGGCAACCACAGUUGGGGAUAUGGGCAGGAUGACGGCCCUUCAGAGUGGCACAAAUCCUACCCUAUUGCCCAAGGGAGCCGCCAGUCACCCAUUGAUAUAGUUUCUGCAGGAGCAGUGUACGACCCUAGCCUGAAGCCACUUCUCAUCUCCUAUGAAUCGUGUACCUCUCUCAGCAUCUCCAACAAUGGCCACUCAGUUCUGGUUGAGUUUGAAGAUACUGAUGACAAGACAGCCAUCAGUGGUGGUCCUUUUGAGAAUCCCUUUCGGCUGAAGCAGCUCCACUUUCACUGGGGGACAAAGCAGAGCCAGGGCUCGGAGCACACAGUGGAUGGCAAACCUUUUCCCUGUGAGCUCCACUUAGUCCACUGGAAUGCCAGGAAAUAUGCAACAUUUGGAGAAGCAGCAGCGGCUCCAGAUGGCUUGGCAGUAGUUGGUGUUUUCUUGGAGAUUGGGAAAGAACAUGCCAAUAUGAACAGGCUCACUGAUGCUUUAUACAUGGUAAAAUUCAAAGGAACAAAAGCCCAAUUUAGAAGCUUCAACCCCAAAUGUCUCCUGCCUUUGAAUCUAGAUUAUUGGACAUACCUUGGUUCUCUGACAACACCACCCCUUACUGAGAGUGUAACAUGGAUAGUACUGAAAGAACCCAUCAGAAUUUCUGAGAAACAGCUGGAGAAAUUCCGCAUGCUCCUCUUCACCACUGAGGAAGACCAAAGGAUCCAAAUGGUAAAUAAUUUUCGUCCUCCUCAGCCUCUUAAGGGGAGAGUGGUUCGAGCUUCCUUCAAGGCCUGAAGAAAACAGUGGCCCUGAGAGGUCCAAGAGCUUCCACAUCUGAGACACCCGAAACAGAAACCCUGGUCUUCAGAUCACUCAUGGAACGCACAAGGUAGCUGUUUCAUGAGUGUUUUACUUGGAGGGGGACAACCUUCUGAGGUUACUUUUGAUUAGGAUUACUCAUUCUUUGAAGAAAUGGGAUCUUUUUGAUAUAAGGGGUAGUUGAGUAAACCUGAGGUUUCUACAGGACCUGAAACUCUGAAAAAUGAGGUGAAAUUAAAAUCCCACUUAAUAUAAUUUGGGGAAUUAUGUAAUGAGCUACUGGAGCUGAUGGCCACAACUUCCAAUUGUCUUCUUUAACCCAGGAUGAAACAGUAGUCAAGCAAUUUGGACAAAUUUGACUUAAUUUUCUUUGCUGAUUGGUGUGGUUCAAACCACACAUAGCUGCUUUCUUGCUCUCCCCUAUGCUGUGGAGUUGGAGAGAAUAGGAGGGUUAGAGGUAAGGAGGCUCCUGGGUUGAGAUGAAAGCAAUUCAGUGACUGAAAUAAAAAUUAGUUGUCAUUAAUAGUAAUAAUGGAAUAUCAAAUUAGUGAUGCACGGUGCAAUUACUCAGCCCCUGCUGACAAGGCCUAGCCUGUCCAUGGUUAGUGGUUCCAGAGGAGGGAGGAAAUCCAACACUGGCCAUCUUGGAGCAGUUACUCAGCUUCCCAGCCAACCCUCAGCUUUACACUGGGCAUGAUGGAUGGCACGGAAUAGUCCAGUGAGGAUUUGGGCUGUUGCUCUGGUCAUGCUCCCUCUCAGUUCCUUGUGCACCUGCACACUAGCAAGGCAUAGGAAAUUAAGAAGUCCUUGAUUUCUUAGCAACAACUAAACCCAUAAGUAUGUUAUCAGCAUUCUUCCCAUACCAAAUCCCACACUGAGCCCAAAACAGUGUUAUACUAGCAUCUAAGAAGAAAGAAAUAGCUCCAUCUCAGCUGAAAGCAGGACAUUGAUCUCUUGUUAGCAUUUGCUGAGUCCCAUGUGACAUAGAGAUUGCUUUCACUGGAUCUUUGCUGUCUAUCAAUGCACACAGUGCGCAAAUAGCACUAGAAGAAGUUUUUUGCCUGCAGCAGGCACUGGUAAGAAUUAGAUAUCUAUUUUACAUUUCCUGUGCUAAGAUGCUGGUUUAUAACUAAAGUAAGUGUAAAUGCUGUGUUUAGAACCAGGCCAUUCUGUUGUGGAGUUGUUCAGACCCCUAUUCUUGUAGCCCAUGCAGCAUCCAAACUAUAAUGCCCUUGCCAGCUCUGUUGACAAGAGGAUCUCCAGCAACCCCGGGAAUGUGUGUUGUGGUUCUUAGUCGUUUGAACCCUACCUCAGUUAAGUGAUUUGCUCUGCACUAUGAGCUCCUUUAACCUAAACAAAGUAGGUAUCUUGUCUACUUUAGGGACCUAGCUAACAUGGGUAGAGCUUGACUGCACUGAAUGUACAUCGCAUAAAUCAUCACCUCCUUAAGGCAGUCUGUCAGAGAGGCUCCAUGCAGAUGCAGGCCUGGAUCCUUUCACCUCUUCAGAAGAAUGCUGCUUUAGAAAAGCUAUGUGUUAGUGUAACUGCUGCUGCAGCUCAGUGACACAACUCUGACUUGUCUUCAGUACUAAGCACCAGUUUAUCUGCAACUACCCACAGUAUUCCGGUUGAUUUAAUUCUGAGCUUCAUAUGUUUUGCAUCAUCUGUGUACUUCAUGUAGAAGUUGGUGAUGCUGAUCAGUUUUUGUCAGCCUGGACAGAAGCUGAACAUGUGCAAUAAGAAGGAAAGCAGGGGGGAAGAAGAACAGCAGCUGAAUGGGCUGUUCUCUUUCUGACAGGCAGAAGGUUGGAGCAGAUGAUCUCUAAGAUCCCUUCCAACCUAAGCCAUUCAAGAAAGACACUGGAUGUAAAGCCCAGGAGGAGGAAUGGCAGAUUAGAACUCUAGAGCUAACUCUUCAAUGGCUUUCUUGGUGCACUGACCUAAAGCUUCCAGUUCCUCAGUUUCCUCCUACAUAAAAUGAGGGUAAUGCUGACCUACCUCACAGGGAUGUUGAGGGCUAAUGCAACAUUGUUUUAGAUGGGACAUUCUUCUCAUACAGCAAAAGCUAAAGAAAACAAUCACUGCAAAAUGCAAUGAUUUUAGCUCUCAUGAACGUGACUUUGCUAGUGAUGCAAACCGCUGUUGCAAAAACAAUCUCCUUAAUGCAUCUGAUUUCUUUAACCAAUUAAAGAUACCUUUAAGUCGAGUGUGGAUUUGUCUUAGCUCUCUCGUUUGAAUAGACAUACCUCUCUCUGCUCACAGUGCUGGGUUUUCUUGGACAGGCACUAAAGGAAAUGCUUUUUCUUCUAUUUGACUGCCUCAUCUAUUCCAGAUGAAGGAAUGCUUUGUUUACCUUCAGUCUCAUGGAACCCUUGCUUAUGCUAUUGUUGAGUAAUCUAGAUACAAAUAAGAGUUUCUACUUGGGAUUGGGUUGUGUGGGUGUUUUUUGUUCUAGAAAGUCCCUUUCUGUUUUUUCUCCAGCUCUAGCCAUUUUUAAUAAAAGGCUUCUUCAUUCAUA